AUGCUGUCAAAUGUAGCUCUCAGGACCGUUUUAAGGUCUUCUGUUGGAGUUUUAAGGGAAAGCGCCAGGACGCCACCGACGUGCUGCUCGGCUUUCGUGUCCGGUCACAAUGUCAAUAACGCGCCGAGAACGUUCGCGUUUCCAGCACAAAUCCGCCGUUAUGCUCGCACUACAAAGGAAAAAGUCGCAGCUCCUGAGAGCCAACUCAGUGACCUCCCUCCAUCCAUGCUGAAGAUGGAUUACACCGCCGUACCCCUAGCCCAAACGACUGACGAUAUUGUCAAAAGACUACUCUCGUUGGAGAUGGCGAGUCAUAGUGAAAAACUGGAGCUAAAAACGGAACAGCUGAUUGCCAAAGUGCAGCGAGAUGAGAGUGACCGCACCUCAGUAGAAGUUAAAAUCGCCAUUUUGACAGCGAGGAUCCGCAACUAUCAGGAACACGUAUUCAAACAUCACAAGGAUAAGGCCAACAAGAGGCGAAUGCUCAUGGCCAUCGACAAAAGGAAGAAAUUGCUGAAGAACCUGCGGCUGGAGCGAUAUGACGCUUUUGAGAAGGUGUGCGAGCAGUUGGGCAUCACCUACACCUUCCCGCCAGAGUAUUACAGGAGGGCCACGAAACGAUGGAUCGCUAAGAAGGCCUUCUGUAUCAAGGUCUUUAACGAGGUGAAGAAGCAGAAAGCAGAGCAGAAACUUAAAGAAGCAGCCAAGACGCAAACUGCGAACCAGUAG